GUAUGUGUCAGUUUUGUCCCCUAACCCCUGAAAGUUUGCACCAACAGGGCAAUCUGAUAUAUAAUUUUAAGAAAAAAGGUUUAUAUUUAACAUUUUCCUGUAGUUGUUUACAAGGUUCUUUCUUUUUUUUUUUUUUUUAAUUAUUUUUAUUUCCCUAUCUUGGACUAUGCAUGUCACCUUGGGAUUCUAUUUUCUCUUUUAUAUACAUAUUGACUUGCAGGUUUUUUUUUUUUUUUUUUUUUACUUUCAUUUAUUAAAGAUUUAAUAUACAGGGAGCUGCAUAAUAAGGGUUGCUAUUUUUCUGAUUUUUCACUGUAAAAGCCGAUAAAAUCUCACUAAAUUUGAGAGAUUUUUAGAUAUAUUUAAUUUAACAUGUAAGAUUAUGAAUUAUGUAAUAAUAUGAUUAUAUGUGUUACUAUUUAGUACGGGAUAAAUUAUAAUAUUAAUUGGUAUAUAACUACUGCACAAUGUAAAUACAAUUAUUAUAAACUAUGAUAUGAAUUCAAACUCAAAAGCUACUUAAUUUUCAUAAAUAAAAAUAUAAGUUACUUUUGAAGUGGGACCUACAAGUUUAGAUUUAUAUACAAAGAGCAUCUCAAUAUGAUAUUAGACAAAAAAUAUAUAUAUAUAUAUAUAUUUCAAGUCCCUAAUCAUAUUAUAUAUAUAGUAUUAAGAGAUUUUGUGUAAGAACUUGAAUAACAGAAUGGAACAAAUGAAAAUGGAAGUGUAUAUAGGAGAAGAUUCAGGUGAAAUUGAAAGGCAGAUUUGAACUUCUUCCACUUCUUCUCAUGGGUGCACUACAUAUUCUAUUAACUCUUUUUGUUUCCUUGAAAUUGUUGGCCUCAGCUCAAGAGAUAAACCAGUUCAUAUACAAUGGCUUCCAAGGGGCUAAUCUGAGUCUAAGUGGAAUUGCCACAAUCCACCCCAAUGGUUUAUUGGAGCUAACAAACACUUCAUACCAAAUGAUUGGUCGUGCUUUCUUCCCAUUACCUUUCAGGUUCAAUACAUCUUCAUCCAACAAUUUUCAAUCAGCUCUCUCAUUCUCUACCAAUUUCGUCUUCGCCAUGGUUCCUGAGUUGCCAACUCAUGGCGGCCACGGCAUUGCUUUCGCUAUCUCGCCAUCUAAACUAUGUGUAGGAUCCAUGGCAACCCAGUAUCUUGGCCUCUUGAAUUCAACAACCGAUGGGUUAUCUUCAAAUCAUUUGUUUGCGGUUGAGCUAGAUUCUGCUAAGAGUCCAGACUUGGAAGAUAUGAAUGCUAACCAUGUUGGAAUUGAUAUAAACAGCCUGAAAUCAAAUGAAUCCGCUCCAGUAACUUACUAUCUUGAUAAAGAAGGAAGAAAUCAGACCCUGGAGCUAAAUAGUGGGGACCCAAUGCAGGUCUGGAUUGACUACAAGGAAGAGGAGAAGCUACUCAAUGUAACAGUAGCUCCAAUAGGCGUCUCAAAACCGAGCCGGCCUCUCUUGUCAAAGAGUUUAAACCUUUCUCAGGUUCUUUUAGAAUCCAUGUAUGUGGGGUUUUCUGCAGCCACUGGUUCAGUGUCAAGUCGUCAUUAUAUUCUUGGGUGGAGCUUCAACAAAAGUGGAGAGUCACAAACCCUUGAUCCUUCAAAGCUUCCUUCACUGCCCUCUCUUGCGAAGUCGAGGAAACUUAACCAGCGUCUAAUAAUUUUGCUUGCAGUAACUUUAACGGUGACUAUCAUUGUCAUGGCAGUCCUGGGAACUAUGUUUAUAAGAAGGAAGAGAUAUGAAGAAAUACGUGAAGAUUGGGAAAAGGCAUAUGGUCCUCAAAGAUUUUCUUAUGAAGUCCUGUAUAAAGCAACUAGAGGUUUCAGAGAUAAAGACCUGUUAGGAGCUGGAGGUUUUGGAAAGGUCUAUAGAGGAGUUUUAUCUUCUUGCAAUACACAAGUUGCCGUCAAGAAAAUCUCGCACAAUUCUGCACAGGGAAUGAAGGAAUUCAUAGCUGAAAUUGCUAGCAUGGGAAGGCUGAGGCACAGGAAUUUGGUUCAACUUCUAGGCUAUUGCCGGCGAAAGGGAGAGCUCCUCUUGGUCUAUGAAUAUAUGCCUAAUGGAAGUCUUGACAAGUUCUUAUUUAGCAAGAAAGAAGCUAAGCUCAAUUGGGAUCAACGACAUCGGAUCAUCAGAGGAGUAGCAUCUGGCCUUCUUUACCUUCACCAUGACUGGGAACAAGUUGUUUUACAUAGAGAUGUGAAAGCUAGUAAUGUUCUUUUGGAUGCAAAUUUCAAUGCUCGGUUAGGUGAUUUCGGGCUUGCCAAGUUUUAUGAUCACGGAACAAAUCCUCAAACAACAUGUGUGGUUGGAACUGUAGGAUAUCUUGCACCGGAGCUUAUUAAAACUGGAAAGCCUACUACCAGUAGCGAUGUUUUUGCUUUUGGCAAUUUUAUGCUAGAAAUUGCUUGCGGAAGGAAACCUUUCGAGCCCAAAUGUCUGCCUGAAGAGACGAUUUUAGCAGACUGGGUGCUUGAGUGCUGGAAAAGAGGAGACAUUCUUAGUAGCAGCGACCCAAGGUUGGAAGGAAAUUAUGUAGUGCAGGAAAUGGAGUUGGUGUUGAAGCUAGGUCUGCUUUGUGCACAUUCUACACCAGCAGCAAGGCCUGACAUGAGGCAGGUGGUCAAUUAUUUGGAUCAUAAUGUUUCAUUGCCUGAGAUAUCACAGUAUGGUGGUCCUGCUGGAUCAAUCACAGUCAAUAAUCAUGACACUUUUAAUUCUGCUAAUUCCUGGUCUAGCACAGAUUCAAUCCUGACAUGCGGCAGGUGAAUCAACAAUUCUUCAUGGCUGAAUGAGAUAAAACACACAGUUAAGCUAGCUGUACAUGAUAUGUCUUUGCCAAUUACUGUCAGAUUAAUCUGUUAAAAUUCAUGUAAUUGUCUUUCAAGGUCACCAUUUUCUUUCUGUCUUUUUUCUUUUUGUAGAUUACCAUUUACUCCAUGCAGUAUAUUAUUUUUGUAUAUUUGUAAUUUCGUGUACU